AUGACAGCUGGCGUUGUCUUCUUAGGACAUGAGGUGCCUGUUAUGUUCCCAAAAAAAAGCUUUUUGAAGCACGGCACGCCAAAGGCCCCUGGAACUACUAGCCUAGAAACAACUCGAGAUUAUCACACUACCCUUCACCCCACUUGGUUCCCUCGACUAUAUCUUUUUCCAUGUACCUUUCGCCAACUCUUCCGAUAA